AUGCCCGCAAAACUCCCACCCCUCACUCUCGUCGUCGCGACCACACCCAUAACAACUCCUACAAAUCCCGGCAUUCUUAAACUCGGAAUUGGCAAAGGAGGCACAUUGCCAUGGCCCAGAAUAAAGAAAGAUAUGAGCUUUUUUGCUCGCGUAACGACGCGCCCUCCAGCCACAGCCACAGCCUCUGGAACAGCUUCACCAGCUAUCAACGCCGUGAUCAUGGGCCGAAAGACAUAUGACUCGAUACCAGCGAAAUUUCGACCACUAUCCAAGAGACUUAACGUCAUUAUAACCCGAGACGAAUCUGGGUCAGUCAAGGAGCGAGCAAUUGCAGACUGGAAUGCGUCGAGGAAACGGGAGUUAGAGAAGCAGGCAGACCAGGAUACUGGCGAGGCUGCAACUACAUCUACGUCUACUGAGGAACCAGAGGUCAUAGUCUCGAGCAGUUUGGAGGAUGCGUUAUCUAAGUUGCAGAGAAAUUUCGUGACAAGCUCGUCAUCGGAUGUACAGGAGGGGAAGAGGCGGUUGGGCAACGUAUAUAUCAUGGGAGGGAGUGAGAUAUACGCUUCUAGCCUGCGCCUGACCGCAGACACUCUCGGAGAGCACAACCCGCUUCGAAUAGUUAUGACUGAUAUUCGAAGGCGUGUGGAAGGGAACCCACAGUGUGACGUUGAGGAACUAGUUGAUGGGUUUGAGUGUGAUACCUGUUUCCCCUUAGAUGGAAAGGAUUUGAAAGAAGGGUGGAACAAAGUUCCAUCUGAGAAACUUACAGAAUGGGUUGGUGAAGCUGUAUCUUCUGAUUGGGCUUGGGAAGGUGAUGUUGCCAUGAAGAUCUCGGGAUAUGAAAAGUUAUGA